AAAAGCUUAAAUUAAAUCUGCUCAGUGUCUCGUGUUCUUUUUUUUUUUUUUUUUUUUUUGCAAAAUAAACCAUUCUAUUUAAUCAAACAAAUAGAUCUACGGAAAUAUAACGUGUGAGUGUUUAGAGGAUGAUUCGUGCAACUACAUUUAAGGGACAAUUAUAAAAAGAGAAUUCCCAGAGGAUCACAAGAAAUUUCCCAGAUAAACUUUCUCUUGUUCCUUUAAAAUUUCUUUUUCUUCUUCUUUUUCCUUGUUUCAGUAAUGAUGAAUGAACAAUAUGGAGAAUGUAAUGUCAUUGUGACAUUAGGUACACAAAAAGUACCAGCUAAAAGAAGAUUAUCACAGUCCAAAUCGCCUAUGAAUAAAAUAGCAAGAGGAGAACGGUGUACAAGUGUCAGUUCGAACGAAUUAGAAGAUCAACAAGAGAUCAAAGAAAGAACGAAAUGGUCCUGCCAUACUAAAGUAUUAUAUAACGAAUCACCUUAUUUCGCAGCAUUAUUUGGUGAAAAUUUCAUUGAAUCCAAAGCUAGCCUAGUUUAUCUACCAUCAAGCAUUAUCGAUAGUAAUGCAUUUGAUAGUAUCAUCUAUUACAUGUACAAACAUGAAAUUAACACACCAAAAAAAGUGGAAGAAUUGUGUAGUAUGUAUUCUGCCUCAGACUAUCUUGGCAUGAAUACAUUAUGUAAUCAACUGAUAGAAAGCUUGUACGAACUCGUUCAUAAAUGUCUUUGUUAUUGUAAUACUUGCAUUAAUAAUGUUCCUGAACUAUUCUCAUUUUGUCGCAUUCGAGGUAUUGAAUUUCAAGACGAAAAAAUGGCUCAGAUGACACAAAGGGUCAUGACUGUAUUAGCAAAUGAUCCCGAAAAAACUUUAUCCACUUAUUGGACGGGACGUCACAUGGCGAAGCUGUUAAUUCAAUUACCACAAGAUGUUAGUCAGGCUUUAUCUCAAAAAAUAUUGUAUCGUGUGAAUAAAUCAAAUGCAAUCGAAUCACUUUAUGCUUGUUUCUCGGCUUCAAAUAUUUUAUCUACAAAUGACCCAUUAUUAUCCUGGAGUAAACCAUUGCAUGCCACAUUAACGUCAGUCCAAUCAAAAGCUACUCUCAUUAUUGCUCGUCAUUUCGAUUUCUUUUGCUGCCAAUACCCUGCUCUUUUAUCAUGUAUUGAUGGUAUUACUUACUCUUUUGAUUUCUUGGAAUAUUUACUGUUACAUAUUUUAGAAGAUCAAAUGGAUUCAAGUAAUGUAGGCAUCUUAUAUGAAGGCGUUGCAUGCGAUCUCAUGUCACGUCAUGCUGUGGAAUAUAAUCAUCAAGUUAAACACAUAUUGAAUGUUGCAAAGGUAAUGAUCUUAUGUUACAUCACCCGAAGGAUCGGAGAUAUUCGUCAAAAUGGUGGUCUUGACAAGCUUGAAAAAAAUGUUCUAAAGUUAUUAGCAGAUGAUCUUGAUGUACGACCGAAAUCGCUUAUUAGUUCCAGUCAUCCAUUAUCCAGUCGUGGCAUAUUUUCCUUCUUGAUUCCUUCCAUCCCUGAUUUAAACCUUUCAACUUCAACGCAUACUAACGGAUUAUCAAGGCAUUCAUCAAGAUCAACGACAACUUCAAGACGUAUAAUUGUACCCACCAAUUCAAACCCCUCAAAUUCUUUUGCUAAAAAAUUAAAGCGAUUUCUAAAGAGAUUCAGUUCCCACCAUGAUACAGUCCCAAGAUUAUCAAAUCGUUACGCUUCUGCUUCCACAGUUCAUACCACUAGCUCUUCUUGGUCGCACGUUAGAUUAUCAUCGAAUAAGUCAUUUUCGGGUAAAAUGAAACAAAGAAGAAGAUUCUCUACAGGUGCUGCUCAAGUCAGUGCACCAUUAGUCGGCAUGAACAGACGAGUACAGUUAACCAGACGACCCGUACUUACUGUUGGAACUGUAAUGUUUAUUGGCCGAGUUAACUUUUCCGAAGGUAUCUGGAUUGGGGUUGAGCUUGAUCGCCGAGUUGGAAAGAAUGACGGUUCAGUCAAUGGUCAUCGUUAUUUUACAUGUUCACCCAAUCGAGGAGUAUUUGUACGACCCGAAGAUGUAUCUGUGGUUGUGUAAAAAUUCGGUAACGCAGAAUCUAAAACUUCGUCUUUAGUGUUCUACAAAUCAUUAUAUCUAUUAUUAUUUUUAUAAAUAUACCUUUCUUUUUGAAAAAGCCGGUCAGCAUACUUUUGCUUCUUGA